GAUGGAUGGAUGGAGAGAAAUAACCUAAAGAAAAGCAGCUGAGGAGUCAAAGGACAGGAGGCGUCGGCCGGCACACAGCAGGACGAGAGAAAUGGCAAAUUUUUCAGGCACCUGGAAAAUGAAAAGCAGCGAGAAUUUUGACGAGUUGCUCAAAGCUCUGGGUGUGAACGCCAUGCUGAGGAAGGUCGCAGGGGCGGCUGCAUCCAAACCCCACGUGGAGAUAAAACAGAGCGGUGACCACUUCUACAUCAAGACCUCCACCACCGUACGCACCACGGAGAUCAACUUCAUCGUAGGCGAGGAGUUCAACGAGGAGACGGUGGAUGGCAGAAAGUGUAAGAGUUUGGCCACGUGGGAGACGGAAAACAAGAUUUACUGCAAACAGACUCUGCUGAGCGGGAACAGUCCAAAAACCUUCUGGAGCCGAGAACUCAAAGGGGAGGAACUCAUUUUGAUCUUUGGAGCAGACGAUGUGAUCUGUACGCGGAUCUACGUACGAGCACAGUAGACAUCUCCGUUCCUCCAAAUUAACUCACAACUGACACCCUGUUGAUGUCUGAAAUUUAGCGCCUUGCAAAAGUAUAUAUAAACCAACAACUUUUUUUUGUUUUACUUUUUUUUUUUUUUACAUUUUUUUAACUACAAGAAAAACUGACAUUUGUAUUGUGCUUGUGGAUAAUUGGGUAGUUAAAACAAUACCAAGUUUUCCAGUCUAGAGUAUUUUUGCCCUGUCUACAUAGCAUCCCCCAGCAUGAUGAUGCAAUGUUUAACAUAGUAUUUAAUUUGCUUAGUUUAGGGUCACAUGUCACAUUUUGCAUGAGGCAUCAUCUGUUCAGAGCACCUUCCUCUCUUCUGCUGUCUCCAAACAUGGCCGUGGCAAACUGCUUUGGUUUCAACAACGGUUUUCGUCUUGCUGCUCUUCCGCUUUCACCUUUUCAGAUAAUAGAUCAAACGGUGCUCAAUUUAAUCUUCAAAAUUUGGGUUUUCAUUUCAGAAGCCAAGUCUACUUUUUCUACUACUAACCUGUCUUUAGCUUUAUCCCUGAUGUCUCUGGUUAGUAUAUCUUUUUUGAAAAUAAUACCCCCCCUUGCUGUCACAAAACAAUGUUAAAAUUAUACCCUUAUCCCACCUUGAAGUGUUUUCUUGAAAGAGGCUAAAGAGGUUUGUGGCCAUAAUGUGACAAAAUGUAAAAAUGUUCAAGGAGUAUGGAUACUUUUGCAAGGCACUUUAACCUUGAUGGUGUGCUGCAUUUUUGUAUAGAAACAUAAUUUAGAAAGUUGAUUUUUACUUUUUCUUGUGCAUAAUUUUGUGGUUUUGCCUUUUUAUUUUUCCCACAACAAAGGCAGAACUACCUGUUCUAAUCUGAAUAGAAAUGCUCAGAAUGUUUGAUGCUGAAUCCUCUAUCCAUUCUUCUGUACACACAUAUCCAAUGGAGAUGAAAAGAGUCUUUUAGGGCAGUUUUGGGUCGUCAUAUUUUGACUAUAAGACUAAGCCGGAGUAUCCGAGGGGAAUCCGGACAAGAACAUGAAGAAAGAGCUAAAACCAAGAUAAACGGCUGACAUACAAAAAAUGUUACUAAAAACCAAGGCAAGCGAGUUUCUGUCUACUCAAAGGAUAUUUUAAUGCCAAACACCAUACUAACACUCAUGUACAACAUCAUAUAAGUCAAGAGAAGUGACACAUUAAACAGGGUACAAACAAUCUCUGUAUGUACAAUCGGCUCCCCCGGGACUUCCUCUGUAAUUCUGUAACAAACACGGCAAAUAGAAAAAUAAAAACCCAGGUAUUAAACUAUUUCAAGAUUGUCUGCAGCUGGUUAUAUUACCGACCGCUGCCUUUAGUGAACCUUCAGGAAAACAGACUGUCUAGGAAGUGAUGCCUAUGUUCAUCUUAACUUCUCUGUGUCCCAUGUAACAUUUCAUGUGUGAAAUUAAAUGAUAUUCUGUUGCACACAUGUACAGUUUUAAUGUGAGACUCUCACAUUCCAGCAUUAAAUAUGAAGGAUUUCCCUCUUCCAUCUAAUCUCAUCUAAAAUAUCCAAAAACAUUUCCAAUUUUAUUAAAAGGCAAAAAAAGGGCCAAAAAAUGUCUUUUUAUGGGCAUUCCAUAUCCACGUUUGUAUUCCAGCAAGAAAUACAAGUUAGUUUCAAUAAACUAUGACUCAAGAAAUUAUUGCUUGUGUUUUUUGUCCUUAAACUGCACACAAUUCAUAACGUUGACAUUUACCCAAAGAGCUGUUGUUGACGACAGACUAUGAAAGAUAAAACUGAAUCCAGCUUUUUAGCGAUCGUCUGAGAUACCACCAACCAUCCUGCACGGAUUGUAAAUAUUUUUGAAAAGUUCAUUAACAAGAAAAAGUUUGAAGUGCUGUUCCGACUCAGCUACAUUCAAUCAUCUUAAAACUGUUGUCCUAAAAACCGACAAUAGAAAUGCACAUAAAAGGGAUCCAAUUAAGUUAUAAAUGUGUAAUUUUUCUCUUUUUUUUGUUUUUACUAAACAAAAAGAUGUUCAGCACACUAAAAUAAAAAAAA